CUGGCUAAUUACAAAGGUUUGGAACUUAAAACGUAAAGCAAAAUGAUUCUGAGCGGAGCAUGCCCACUGUUGCACUCAUUAUUUACUUCCGGUAGAUAUUUAUUUCGCUAGCCAGCAGGUUCGCUACCCUAAUAAAAUGCAGCAACGCGAAGAAAAAUUGCUGGACGCAUCCGUGGAAUCGCUUAUUUCCCGCGUAGCUCAUCUAAAAAACGCUCUUCACAGUUUCAUCUACAAGUUGGAAAACGAGUAUGAACGACUGACAUGGCCCUCUGUAUUGGACAACUUUGCCCUCUUGUCCGGUCAGUUGAACACCAUCAAUAAACUGUUGCGGAAUGAGAAGACGCCAUCUUUCCGCCAGCAGAUCAUCAUCCCCCUGCUGUUGUCUCCAGACAGGGAUGAAGAACUAGCUAAACUGACAGAGCAACGCGUGCCUGUGUUCAGCCAUGAGAUUGUGCCGGAUCACCUGCGCACCAAGCCUGAUCCUGAGGUGGAGGAGCAGGAGAAACAGCUGAGUGCGGAAGCUGCCCGGAUAGGACCUGAGGUGGCACAGAAACAAAUCCAGACACUGAACAAACUCUGUUCAAAUCUACUGGAGAAACUGAACAAUCCUCGCGAUGAUAGGGAUGCAGACAGUGCAGCUAUACGGCAAAACAAACCAUCUUUCAACCCUGCUGACACCAAUGCACUGGUGGCAGCGGUGGGAUUUGGCAAGGGGCUUUCGAAGUGCAGGCCCCCAGGUCCUGUGGCCCCUGGACACACAGGACAAGGGCCCAUGAUGAGCGGAGGUCCCACCUUACAGCAGGUCACCAUCGGUGGGGGUUCAGGCCAGCAGCAAGGCAUGGGGCCGGGUGCUCCUCAGCAGCAAGGACAGCCAGGGAAAAUGCCAUGCAACAUCAAGACAAACAUCAAGGCUGCCUCCUCAAUGCAUCCUUACAACCGAUAAGAUCCGCUCUCUAUCCCAUACUGAUAGGAAGCCUACAGAGUGAGCCAUGUAAAGUAAUGCAAGUAUUCAUAUGAUAUAUGUAUGCUAUGUUAUCUUUUGACUAAAUACAUCAUUUUUCGAAGAAAGUAUCAUACUGUGAAAGUGCAGAAAUUUGUCAAUGUGCUUCCAUUUGUGAACACUAGAGAGCACUGUCUUUCCAUUUAUAUUCAAGGGACAAGACAGUUUGAGAACUUGGUCAUUGUUGCAGAAAAGGUCACUGGUUCGAAUCCUCGAGCCGGCUAGGUGAAAAUCUCAUUGUGCACUUGAGCAAGGCACUUAGCACUAAUACCUCAUCUAAGUCGCUCUGGAUAAGAGUGUCUGCUAAAUAACAAAAAUGGAAACAAGUCUGCAUUAUGUUAUGUCCUUCAGAAAUGUAUAAUACAAUUGUGGGGUUUAGUGUCAGUCAGAAAAGGAAUAUAUUUAAAACCUACUUUAACUGCUUCACCAUGUCUCUCCAGUUGUGUACCCUAGUACUGCCUCCUAUCCCUUCACCAUGUUGUCUCUCCAGUUGUGUACCCUAGUACUGCCUCCUAUCCCUUCACCAUGUUGUCUCUCCAGUCAUCUGAACCCUAGUACUGCCUCCUAUCCCUUCACCAUGUUGUCUCUCCAGUCAUCUGAACCCUAGUACUGCCUCAUAUCACUUCACCAUGUUGUCUCUCCAGUCAUCUGAACCCUAGUACUGCCUCCUAUCCCUUCACCAUGUUGUCUCUCCAGUCAUCUGAACCCUAGCACUGCCUCUUACAGUAUCCCUUCACCAUUCCGGCCAUUCUGAAUAAUGUAAGCCCGGUGAGAGUAAUGCGGCUGGACAUUGCACUGCCUGGCCUGAUAAUGUCAAAGUCGUUAAGGGAGGAAAUGAGAAAGUUCAUGCUGACGUGUUGGGGGCCUCUGUGCUCAGCCCCACCGUGGUCUGUCCACUCUAAUCCCUAUCCCACCUCCCGCUGGGCGGCCGGCACUACAGCACAGGGACAAUGACCGCUGUGGCUGUCACACGAUACGACACAGGUCGCUGGGUGACCUACAUACACAAUGUCCUCUGCCGGCCUGACGUCUCGCUGUGUCAGCCUCAAUGCCCUGGUAAGAAAGGAGAGUCUGCUGAGACAGCUAGAAGAUGCACAGGGUCAGACUUUCUAUAGAUGUCUUAUAAACAGUGGACUAUAGGCAGAUGGACAUUGUGUCCAUUUGGCCUAACAGAGAGACUCCUGAACAGGCUGUUACUGCCUUGUUUUGACCCUACUGCAGCUCCCUCUAUGUGAAAGAAAUUUAGGGCUACAACUCUUUAUACAAUAAAAAUCAAUGUUUCCCGGAGA